UGUUUGAUAAAGAUAUAAUGAAAGAAAUGGGUGCAAUGGGAGUAUUAGGUCCAACAAUUAAAGGAUAUGGUUGUGCUGGAGUUUCAUCUGUAGCAUAUGGCCUUAUUACAAGAGAAUGUGAGAGAGUUGACAGUAGUUACCGUUCUGCUAUGAGUGUGCAAUCUUCUCUUGUAAUGCAUCCAAUUUAUGCCUAUGGUACAGAAGAACAGAAGGAAAAAUAUUUGCCUAGAUUAGCAAAAGGAGACCUGAUUGGUUGUUUUGGCCUAACAGAACCAAAUCAUGGCAGUGAUCCUGGUAGUAUGGAAACACAUGCAGUUUACAAACCAGAAAAUAAAACUUAUUCUAUAAGUGGUACUAAAACAUGGAUCACAAACUCGCCAAUUGCUGAUUUGUUUAUCGUUUGGGCUAAAUGUGAUGGAAAAAUUAAAGGUUUUAUUUUGGAAAAAGGAAUGAAGGGUCUAACUGCACCAAAAAUUCAAGGAAAGUUUUCACUUCGAGCUUCUGAAACUGGAAUGAUAGUAAUGGAAGAUGUUGUUGUUCCCGAAGAAAACCUUCUUCCAAACAUCGAAGGAUUGCAGGGUCCGUUUGGAUGUUUGAAUAAUGCACGAUAUGGAAUAUCUUGGGGAACUUUGGGAGCAGCUGAAUUUUGUUUUGAAACAGCUAGAAAUUAUACUUUAGACAGAAUUCAGUUUGGAGUACCUUUGGCUAAAUUUCAACUAAUUCAAAAGAAACUUGCUGAUAUGCUUACUGAAAUAUCUCUAGGCUUACAAGCUUGUCUUCAAGUUGGUAGACUAAAGGAUUCUGGAAAGGCUACCCCAGAAAUGAUAUCACUUGUGAAAAGAAAUUCUUGUGGCAAAGCUUUAGAUAUAGCCAGAAAUGCAAGGGAUAUGUUAGGGGGAAAUGGAAUCUGUGAUGAAUAUCAUGUUAUUCGUCAUGUUAUGAAUUUAGAAGCUGUUAACACGUAUGAAGGUACCCAUGACAUUCAUGCACUGAUUUUGGGCAGAGCUAUUACAGGAUUACAGGCUUUCAAAAGUUAGAUUGAUUUCUUUAUUUUUGUUGCCAUAUUAUUACAAUAUAUUUGUAUUGUAUAUGUAUAUUAGUAUGAUCAGAAUCUAUUAUAUAUAUUUAUAUCAAUAAAAAAAAAUAUUCUCUUAAA